GUAUCUUGCACACCCCCCCCCCCACUUGGGCUUGAGCAACCUUACCAGGCAAAGGAAUUUUGAUUAAGAGUCGAAUCGCCGCGUUCCAGAUUCUCCCUUCUCUCCCCCCGUCUCUUCCCUUCGCGCGCGACUUCUUACCAACCUACCUCCUUCAUCACCACUCGUUUCGCUUCAGCAAUACAGUCUACUGCAGUCGCUGCCUUUAAUGCGUGCUUUCUGGCCAAACCACGAACCAAUCCGCCGGGAUAAUCUAAGGCUUUACACCAUCUCUUCCACAGCCUUGUUCAGCGUGCUGACACGAUUACCCGACAAGUAAUCAAAGUGACAAACGGUUCCUGUGUCACUUUGGCUUGAUCACCACCAAAUUCAACCUUCGCGAUUCUAUAACGCGUUCCCAAAGCCCUGACCAACGCCAGCCUGAGGCCGAGUGAGUCGGGCUGGGAGUGGCGCCAUGAGCCCGAAGCGAUCUUUACAACACAUCUCAGAAGCGCCUUUACACCAGGAAAAGGUGUUUUCUAAACCACGUCCGCAUCUCGAACCAUCCCCUUUGCCCCUGCAACCAAUAGAGAAUCUUCCUACCGCGCAGGAAUACGUCUUAAACCCUACCUCUGCCACCCCGAGCCGAGUUUCUCCGACAAAAUCCUAUCGAGAUUCGCGAGCCUCGUUCUCUGGUCAAGGAAGAUUGAGUUUUGUUCCAAUCACUGCUCCUACUCCCCCCACCUUUACGACCGAUUCUCCAACUAAAAAGAUCCCAUUCGACCCCUACACACGCUCGUCAUCAGCCCCAAUGCCGCAGUCCGCCUUAUUCACGACUUUCUCCAGUAUCAGUACUGACCCUCCAUCCUCAAGUAACCAUCAUCGUGUCGAUGUGUCUUCAGCAGAUAAUUUCGCGGAUUUCCCCGAACCGUCAUUUAUUUCGAAGCAGCCUUUGAGACGAUCGCUCUUGGAAGCGGCCCCGUUGAAAGAGCGGUCAAAAAAUAAGCAACGGGACGAGACGGCCCCGACGCGUCUACCAGAGCCCCACGAAAUGCCGCACAUUGAGGACGAUGGCACAAAGCCUCCCUACAGCUAUGCGACCCUGAUUGGAAUGUCCAUCCUCCGUGCGCCUAAUAGGAGGUUAACGUUGGCACAAAUAUACCGAUGGAUUUCAGACACGUUCUCAUAUUACAAGAAUAGUGAUCCGGGCUGGCAAAACAGCAUCCGUCACAACCUAAGUUUGAAUAAAGCUUUUAUCAAGCAAGAACGGCCGAAGGACGACCCAGGCAAAGGGAAUUAUUGGGCUAUUGAACCCGGCAUGGAAGCCCAAUUUAUCAAAGACAAGCCUCUCCGCCGCGCGACAAUGUCUAGUCUUCCCCUCCCUGCGGUAUCCCAGCGAGAGCCCGUUCACUCACAGAGCUCGAGCACAGCUACCUGGGCUGUGCCACCUGCUGUUCAUGCUCCUGCUACCAAGAGAUCCAAGCAAGUAGAUUUAUCUUCCGACGCAACUCUCCCUGCAUCCGAUCCUGCCCUUCAGGAGGACACAGGCGAUGAAAGCGCCAAUAUCCCUGCGGGCCAUGCGCCCCCGCCCCGGUCUUCUCCUCCGCAGGCUAUUCAUUCCUCUCCUCCGGUCGUGCCGCCUCGAUUCAUCCGGCAAGGGACCCCCCCUACACCAUCUCAUACAAUCCAUUCCAACAAUGCCCCCCGUCAUAGGAAACGGAAAUCCAAUACCAUGAAUGAUAGUGGCUACUUUUCGUCACUGGAGUCAUCGGUAAUGCGAUCCAACAAGGCUAGCCAUAUCCUGACUUCAGACCUUGAUAUCGAGCCCCCUCGCAUCAAGCGUGGACGGGCAGAAGAGGAGAUUGCUCGCAUUCGGAGCUCAUCGCAUGACAUCAGUCCCAGCCAUUCAGGUAUAUUGAAAGAUGCUGGCCUCAUAGUCGGUUCCUCGCCAAUCCGCGGCGAAUAUGUUAGCAUGCUGCCGCCUCCUAUUACUCCUUUAAUCAAAUUCAAGAAGCCGGCUAAGCCACCACCGUCGGUAUCUCCCAACACCAAUCUUCGAAACCACCGGAAGAAGAUCCAGCAAAUGGUCAAUUCCCCUAUCAAACAUCUUGGCCUUACAGACGAGGAUCUACCAUGGAGUCCUGCUUUUAAUAUUCAAGAUGAAACCUUCACACCGAACGACAAUCUCCAUGUCGCCUUUGAUGUGUUUGCGGACCCGACGGUUGAUCCUAUAUCUGCACCGGCUUUUGGUUCGCCUGAAAGGCGUUCAGCAAAACGCGCCCGGAUUGACAGCGGGGGAGCAAACGGGAGCAUCCUCGCAGAUAUCACGGCUAUGAGCGCGAACAACCGAAUAGGAAGCCUCCAACCAUUGUCUGCAAGCAAAUCUAAAGGCCUUCUCUUCCCUGAUUCGCCCUCGAAGGUUCCUGAUUCAGGGCGCUAUGUUGAUACCGCGCACGAUGAUUUCUUCUCGUUCCAUCUUUUCGACGAGAGUCCACGCGAAGUAGAUGGUGUGGAUCUCUUGCAAGGAUUUCAAAAAAUUGGAGGCGCGGGUAAGGACGACUCGUCUAGACCUCGACCUCAUAUAUCAAGACCACAGCUUCAGCGGAGCAACACUUUAUUUUGAUCACCUUUAUAAGAUCCGGUGUCUUCUUGAGGAAGACACACCUUUUGCGUUAUCCACAUACCGGUUAUGCUUUUGUUUUUGUUUUUGUUUUUUUUUUUUUUUUGCUUUCGCCUUUGCUCGCAAUUAGUGCGAUUUUAUCUAGUGCUGGUGGUGCA